AUGAAGGUGUUCGUUGUGAUUUUAUGCUUAGCAUCAGCUUCGGUAAGUAACUUCCCCUACACCGUCAAGACCAAAGAAGAUUUGGCCAGAUUCCGUGAAGAAUGCGGCAAACAGUUGAAUGUCCCAGCCGAUAAAUUGGAAAAAUACAAGUCCUGGGAAUAUCCCAACGAUGAGGUGACCCGUUGCUAUAUGAAAUGCGUUUUCGAGAAAUUUGGCUUUUUCGAUGAGACGCAUGGCUUCAAUCCCUAUCUUGUCCAUCAUCAAUUGGCCGGUGGUCAUGAACCUAUCGAUCAUAGCGAUGAAAUUCAUCAGAAGAUUGACAUGUGUGCCGAUCAUAAUACCGAAAAAUCGGAUGCUUGUACUUGGGCCUAUCGUGGCGGUAUGUGCUUCUUGCAGAAUCAUUUGAAAUUGGUGCAGGACAGCAUUCACAGUCAUUAAGUGAAG